AUGACUUGUGGAUCUUAUUGUGGAGGUUCUGUGAGGGCUUUCAGCUGUGCCUCAGCCUGUGGGCCCCGGCCUGGCCGCUGCUGUGUCACCGCUGCUCCCUACAGAGGAGUGUCCUGCUACAGGGGACUGACUGGCUUUGGCAGCCGCAGCUACUGCGGAGGCUACCGGGCCGGCUCCUGCGGCCGGAGCUUUGGCUACCGCUCUGGGGGAGUGUGUGGGCCCAGCCCCCCCUGCAUCACCACUGUGUCUGUCAAUGAGAGCCUCCUGACCCCCCUCAACUUGGAGAUUGACCCCAACGCCCAGUGUGUGAAGCAUGAGGAGAAGGAGCAGAUUAAGUGUCUCAACAGCAAGUUCGCCGCCUUCAUCGACAAGGUCCGAUUCCUGGAGCAGCAGAACAAGCUCCUGGAGACCAAGUGGCAAUUCUACCAGAACCGGAAAUGCUGCGAGAGCAACCUGGAGCCCCUGUUCAGUGGCUACAUCGAGACCCUGAAGCGGGAGCUGGAGUGCGUGGAGGCUGACAGCGGCCGUCUGUCCUCUGAGCUCAAUCACGUGCAGGAGGUGCUAGAGGGCUACAAGAAGAAGUAUGAAGAAGAGGUCUCCCUGAGAGCCACAGCUGAGAAUGAAUUUGUUGCUUUGAAGAAGGUGAUAGAUGUUGACCAGGCUUACCUCCGCAAAUCUGACCUGGAGGCCAAUGCUGAGGCUCUGGUUGAGGAGAUCAACUUCCUGAGGGCCUUGUACGAGGAGGAGAUCCGAGUUCUGCAAUCCCACAUCUCCGACACCUCAGUUGUGGUGAAGAUGGACAACAGCAGAGACCUCAACAUGGACUGCGUCAUUGCCGAGAUCAAGUCUCAGUACGACGACAUCGCCAGCCGCAGCCGGGCCGAGGCUGAGUCCUGGUACCGCAGCAAGUGUGAGGAGAUGAAGGCCACAGUGAUCCGCCAUGGAGAAAGCCUGCGCAGGACCAAGGAGGAGAUCAAUGAGCUGAACCGCAUGAUCCAGAGGCUGACCGCCGAGGUGGAGAAUGCCAAGUGCCAGAAUUCCAAGCUGGAGGCUGCUGUGACUCAGUCUGAACAGCAGGGUGAGGCUGCCCUCAAUGAUGCCCGCUGCAAGCUGGCAGGGCUGGAGGAGGCUCUGCAGAAGGCCAAGCAGGACAUGGCUUGUCUGCUGAAGGAAUACCAGGAGGUCAUGAACUCCAAGCUGGGCCUGGACAUUGAGAUUGCUACCUACAAGAGGCUGUUGGAAGGCGAGGAGCAAAGGUUGUGUGAAGGCGUUGGUGCUGUGAAUGUCUGUGUCAGCAGCUCCCGAGGUGGCGUCGUCUGUGGCGAUCUCUGCACCAGCACCUCCGGUGCCCGUGUUGUCAACACCGGCAGCAGCGGCCCCUCCGGAGGCAGCGUGGUGGUCAGUGCACCUAAUGCCUGUGCCCCCUGUGGGGUCGGCACUGGCAGUAGCAUCCGCUCUUGUGGCACCAGCUGUUGUGGAGUCAAGAGAUGUUAGGAAGUCAGGAGAAAACAGAAACUGAACUUCACCCCAGAAAUGUCACUGGAAUCUGGUCACAUCCCUUACUGCUCUUGGACAGCAAUGCAUUCCUCAGCCCCAUCCCUUCUCCAUGGGCCCAGCCACAGUUCCAACCACAGAGGAGGAGAACUUGCACAUUUUAUGCCUCCAAAUGAACUUUCCCAGGGUUUUCCAUCUUCUUCUACUGCCUGAUGUCCUUGUUUAACCCAGACCUCAGUAGCUGUUGGAUGGCCUGAUCAUAAUACCUAAUCAGAUCAAUUUCUCUGAUGGGUGGAUGGCUCCCUCUUCUGAAUCUGUUGCUUUUCCCAGGCAGUUAUUUCUUAGUAGUUAUCUCACUAUACUAUGGGUUCACAUUCUUCUUCUCCAACUGUCCAUCUGUCUUCUGCUGGAUUAUUUGGCUCUGGCGGGUUUAUUACUAUAGAAACACACUAUGGAGGGUGGAGGAGAAACCCCAUCUGGGAGCAGGGGGUUUCCCAGUAACUUUAGGUGAUAAUUCUUGGUUGUGCCAACAGUCACCCUGUCUAUGCUGUCAUUGUGGCUGCUGCCUCUGGAAUGGGAAGAUGAGAAACAUUGCUGUAUUUUUGUUUUCAGUUGACUCUAUGGUAUCCACACCCCAUCUAAUUUCCUUUCCGUGUCCGUACCCAAAAGUUCCCAGGAAGCCAAUAAUUCAAUUUCUUGUAUGUUUGUCUUUGUUUCAUUCUGUAUCUCCAAUAAACUCAAUG